CCGCCCCCCCCCCCCCCCGCCGCGGCCACCGGCGGGGAGGCCGCUGCUUCUUGGGCCGGCAAGCUAGCCGGCGCCGUGCCAUGGAAGGCCGCCGUCUCCGGCGCGCUCGCGCUCACCUUAUCCUUCUCCUGCUUUGUUGGUUUGGCCAAUGCCAAGGCUGGGGUCAACAAACCUGAGUUGCUCCCCAAGGAGUUCACCACCGUCAUUGACGUCGCCGGUUUUCUCUCUUCAGGCCAGGAAAAUCGUUUGCGCCAAGAGAUUGAAGACCUAGAGAAGGACACUGGGUAUAAGUUGAGAGUUCUCGCACAAAAUUAUCCGGAUACACCAGGAUUGGCUAUCAAGGAUUUUUGGCAAGUUGAUGACCGAACUAUUGUCUUUGUUGCAGAUCCCACCUUCGGUAACAUUAUAAACUUCAACAUUGGUUCAUUGAUUGAUCUAGACAUUCCUCAGAGCUUCUGGAGUCGUGUUGCAGGGAAGUAUGGAAACAUGUUCUAUUGGAAAGAAAAGGGAGAGGAUGCGUCAAUUGAAGGCGCUGUGAUGGCAAUAUCGCGCUGCCUGAGAGAGCCCACAGGGGCAAGUAAUUGUUCCGAGGUGUUUUAGAGUUGGAAGUUCAUCGCGGCUAGACAUGCCGAAGAUAAGACCAGCGAAUACUAUAUGUACAUAAUCAAAAUGUCAGUUACAUUAAUUGAACAUAUUUUCGCCUUAAUUUUUUAAAGUCAAAGGACAUUCGUUUA